AACAUCUUUUUAAAUUCCUCGGUCUCUUAAAUUUACCAGUUACAUAACUUUCUUUUAUUUUUCCGACAUAAAUUAAAAGUUUUGUCUUUGGUAAUAGAGAGGCAGAAAAAUCUUGGCCAUAGAUUUGUCAUCUGUUUUCGAUUCGUUUUGAUUCUUUACUUUAUCUUCUUCUUCUUCUUCUUCUUCCUCUUUUUGAAUCUUUUAUCUUCUCACUUUUCUUUUUCACUUUUGGGAAGCUCGAAGAGCUGAGAGGAGUGUGAGAGAGAAAAGGAUCUUUGAAGUCGCCGGAAUAAUUUGUUUAACCGGAGCUCUGUCUUUGACUCUACGCUUCUCUCUCUUCUUCUUCCUUCUUCGUCUUCUUAAUCGCUUUCUGCUCUGUUUUUCUCGUUCAUCAAGCUACAUCUACUAGCUCUCUCAGUGAUUGAUUUCUCACAGUUUCAUCGAUUUCCAUGCGUUUAAGACCUAAAAGGUAACUGGGUUUGCUAAAGUUUGUUACUUUGAAUGGUUUUUAUAGUUUCUCUGUUCGAAUCUGAAGUGGGUUGUUGUGUUUUUGCUGGUUAUUGAAACAGGACUUGUUCUGGGGUAAAGGACUUUUCUUGUUCUUGAGAGAGUUCAUUUUGAGGCUUUUCUGGGAAUUUUGAGAGGUUUUUUAGGGUUUAAGGGGGUUUGGUUUUGAAUUUCGCACACCAAGUGUUCGAUAAAAUGGCUGAACGAAAGAAACGCUCUUCUAUUCAAACCAAUAAACCCAACAAAAAACCCAUGAAGAAGAAACCUUUUCAGCUAAAUCACCUCCCAGGUUUAUCUGAAGAUUUGAAGACUAUGAGAAAACUCCGUUUCGUUGUGAAUGAUCCUUACGCUACUGACUACUCAUCAAGCGAAGAAGAAGAAAGGAGUCAGAGAAGGAAACGUUAUGUCUGUGAGAUCGAUCUUCCUUUCGCUCAAGCUGCUACUCAAGCAGAAUCUGAAAGCUCAUAUUGUCAGGAGAGUAACAAUAAUGGUGUAAGCAAGACUAAAAUCUCAGCUUGUAGCAAAAAGGUUUUACGCAGCAAAGCAUCUCCGGUCGUUGGACGUUCUUCUACUACUGUCUCGAAGCCUGUUGGUGUUAGGCAGAGGAAAUGGGGUAAAUGGGCUGCUGAGAUUAGACAUCCAAUCACCAAAGUAAGAACUUGGUUGGGUACUUACGAGACGCUUGAACAAGCAGCUGAUGCUUAUGCUACCAAGAAGCUUGAGUUUGAUGCUCUGGCUGCAGCCACUUCUGCUGCUUCCUCUGUUUUGUCAAAUGAGUCUGGUUCUAUGAUCUCAGCCUCAGGGUCAAGCAUUGAUCUUGACAAGAAGCUAGUUGAUUCGACUCUUGAUCAACAAGCUGGUGAAUCGAAGAAAGCGAGUUUUGAUUUCGACUUUGCAGAUCUACAGAUUCCUGAAAUGGGUUGCUUCAUUGAUGACUCAUUCAUCCCAAAUGCUUGUGAGCUUGAUUUUCUCUUAACAGAAGAGAACAACAACCAAAUGUUGGAUGAUUACUGUGGCAUAGAUGAUCUGGACAUCAUUGGUCUUGAAUGUGACGGUCCAAGCGAACUUCCAGACUAUGAUUUCUCAGAUGUGGAGAUCGAUCUUGGUCUCAUUGGAACCACCAUUGACAAGUAUGCUUUCGUUGAUCAUAUCGCAACAACUACUCCCACUCCUCUUAAUAUCGCGUGCCCAUAAGUUUUGCAGCUAGGUGUUAUUAUUAGCUAUAGGAGCAACGUAAAAAGCUCGUUGUUACUCGGUUUUGUCUUAAGUUAUUAAAGUAUAGCAGAGGCAGUUAAUCUCAAGGGAAGCAAAAACCCUAAAGAUAGAAGCAGAUGCAGUUUUGUGUGUUGGUGUUACUAAAGAAAGUUUUGUUGACAUAAUGGUUUUGAUGUUGUGGAGAAGAUAGAGAGGUGUGAUCGAAAUUGUAAAUCUCAGGUGGUUUUUUUUGAAGGCAAUUGUUUCUCAUUUAGGGUUUUUUUCUAUAUGAGGAUUGUCUUUGAAAAGCCUUUAGAUGUUUUCUAAUUCGUAAGCUCUCUCAAUCUUUGUAAGUUUUGCCUGUUGAGUUAUUGAUACAUAUGUGAGACCUACUUUAUUUGUUUUGUGCU